GUUUAAGGUUCUGCUGUCCCUACAAGAAUAUGUUAAACGGCAAAUGCAAUGACAGUCUCGACACUCAGAUAGCCUUGGGUAAAGUUUAUUUAAAUGUUAGCCAUGGUUAUGGAUCUCCAAAGCACCAUUUAGUGCCUCUCAAAGAAAAGCUUGUUUUAAGGGAACAGUUCCGAGUUGGUGACCAGUUGCUCAGCUUUAAACGAGAAGAUUACAAAUUGUUUGAGAACGGAACCUUGGUUCUGCAGCACAACAACGAGACACUUUUUGACGGGGAUUACUGUCUUUAUCCCUACCAAUUUAACUCAGACUCCUCGAAGGAAAUAUGGAUAAUUCGCCAUAAAAAUAUAUUGACAAGGCAAUUUACAUCAGGGGUAACCUGUGUUGAAGUGAUAUCUUUGGUAUGCUAUAUCCUAACGAUAACUGCUUAUCUUUACAUCAAGAAACUUCGAAAUACGUUUGGAUAUUUUCUUAUCUCCAGUAUAUGCAACAUUUUUGUGCAUAAACUUUUCCAUGUUAUGACUAUGUUUAAUUUAUUAAAUGGGCUUUGUUGUCUAGCAGCUUACAUGUAUUACUUCUUUAAUAUAUCCUACAAUAUCUGGCUUUCUGUAAUCUGCCACUAUGUUUGGAAGAAAAUAAGAUCGACUAAUCCCAUUGAUGGUCGUCCUGGCCUCGUAUUCUACAACACGUCUAUCUGGGUAACUGCUGGUAUUCCAACUGGAGUUAUAUUUUUGUUGAACCAACUUUGGGCGAAGAACCCCAAAACAUUCAAUUGGAUGCCCUUAGUUGGUAUUACGGGAUGCUGGGUGAGAAUUGACAUUUGGUCGGCCUGGUUUUAUUUUUUUGGGCCAUUACUAAUCCUGGGAACCUUUAAUAUUAUAAUGUUCCUCUGGACGACCAUUCAUAUUUGGAAAGUAAAGAGAGGAAUUAAGAAGCUCCAACAAGAAGAUGAGAUAAUCUGUCUUAGUGUCGACUUUCAAACUUAUGUGCAAUUUUUUCGAAUCUCUGUGAUUAUGGGCCUAACUUGGAGUCUAAAUGUAGUUUCUUACUAUGUGCGAUUACAGGGUUAUUCUGAUCCCGUCAUGUUAGUUACCGAAUAUAUCAAUGCGAGUUUUGGUAUUAUAAUUUUUGUGCUGCUCAUCCUAAGACGCAGCAUUCUUAGACUUCUUUUUAAACAGUGAAGAUCGCUAAGACCAGGCAUUAGUCUUAAACUAAACUUUAAUCAGGAUAAGUUCGGGAUACAAUUUAUUACAGCUAAUAAGUUCUAUAAGUAUUACUUAAACUAUCUUAGUUUUAUUUUAUUCAGUUUUUGUAUUAACAUUUAUUAUUAAGAAGACUAAAUUUGUAACUUACCGACUUGCUUUCUGAAGUAACUUCUUA